CUCUAUGAUUCCGUAGUAUUGGAUUCCAUAGAGACGGGCAAGCAUAUUUUUUGUUGUUGCCAGAUAGCUAACAAGCUAUACCUCAUAGAAGAAGCUAACCAAUCUAACACCCAAGUUAAGGAUCCAGAAGACUUCCUUGUGUGAUUGAGUGCCACAACACGAACAAACGAUGUCCUUUAGAGACUUACGAAAUUUCACAGAAAUGAUGCGGGCUCUGGGCUAUCCUCGCUUGAUAUCCAUGGAGAACUUCAGGACCCCUAACUUUGCCCUGGUGGCAGAAAUUCUCAUUUGGCUUGUGAAAAGAUAUGAACCGCAAAUGGACAUACCGAGUGACGUGGACACGGAGACAGACAGGAUUUUCUUCGUAAAGGCAGUGGCCCAAUUUAUGGCAACAAAGGCUCACAUCAAGGUGAACACAAAGCGUCUGUACCAGGCUGAUGGCUACGCUGUGAAAGAGAUGUUGAAGAUCACCUCAGUGCUGUACAGUGCCAUGAAGACCAAGGAGAUGGCCUCAGGGGACAAAGUGGAGGAGGACAAUAGCAAAUUCAAGUUUGACUUGGGUUCCAAGAUUGCAGACCUGAAGGCAGCGAGACAGCUGGCCUCGGAGAUCACGUCUAAAGGAGCGUCGCUUUACGACCUGCUGGGGAAGGAGGUGGACCUGAGGGAGAUGAGAACUGCUGCCAUCUCCAGACCCUUGGAGAUCAAUGAGACAGAGAAGGCCCUCAGAGCAGCCAUCAAGGAAGUUUUGGAAAGCGUGGAUAAAACCAAAGACAUGCUGAACAACGUGUCCUCAGAUGAGACCAGCCUGGAAUCCAAAAUGGAGAAGAAGAAACAGGAGCUGGAGAGGAAUCAGAAGAGACUCCAGACUCUACAGAGUGUACGGCCAGCAUUCAUGGAUGAGUAUGAAAAGAUUGAGGAGGACCUGCAGAAGCAGUACGAGACCUACGUGGAGAAGUUCCGUAACCUGAGCUUCCUGGAGCAGCAGCUGGAGGACUACCAUAGACUGGAGCAGGAUAGGUUUGAGGAGACUGAGAACACCCUUAGGAUGAUGCAGCACAAACUGAGGGAGGAGGAGAGGAGGCUGAUGAGGACUGGAGGUGACACGCGCUCAGUAACACACACUUCCAAAGACGAGGACUCCGAUAUGGACAUCCCUGAGGACGAGGGUUCAGACAGUGAUAUGGAGGAUCGCAGACCCUCUAAACCCCGUCCCACCAGAAAUGGCCCUAUGACAGGGAGAGGCGGAGCGCGGCUCGUCGGCAACAUGCAGGGUGGAGACAGCGAGGAGACAGAGGACAGCGAAAUAGACGUGGACGAGGAUGAUGAUGACGAUGAGGAAGGUGAGGAGGAGAAUGAGGACCUGGAGGACGACAACGACAGUCUAGAUGUCCCGGCGCCCAAGCCAUCCCGUCCCUCCAGGGGACCUUUGAGGCCCCAGCUAUUAGAGGAGAGCGAUAACGACUUUUAAGCUGACACACACACACACAUCCACCCACACUGUAUUACAGCUUGUGAGCACUGAGGACAAACAAAACACUUUAUUCCAUAUAACCUAAUAAUGUAAUCAUAUAAUAAACACUGUCCAAUCUGA